AUGUAAUCAUCAACUUAAUGCCAACGUCCAUGAUAUCGAUCGUGCCCACCUCAGCUGUUUUAUACAUGAUCUAUCCCCUUUCAUACUUCUCUGCGAUUGCCUACUACCACGAAACAAGAUCGCCAACCAAAGCACACCCUGCCAACCCCAAACCUCGAUCAUGUCGAGCACAUCGUCCGAGUGCGAUCGUUGCACUGCAAAAGAAAGUUGGCAUAUUUAUGCGAUGAAAGAUAUGCAGAGGAAAUGCACAGCAAUAUUAUUUUGUCAAUUGACGGCUUUCGGGACCUCCAGGCAGGCAGCAGCACCAUUUUACCUUAUCCGGGAUUAAACAAAACGUAAGAGCGUAUUAUGCAGACGGGAGAAGAUGGCAGGGAGCGGCUACGUUGUUUCGCCGGGAUGCGCAAAUUACAUCGAAAUGAGCAUUUCAAAAUUGCUGCAAGUCGCGUUGCAGACUGCGUCUUUUCUCCUCAUGCAUCGCCCCCUCGUCUAGUACGGGUGACACCAAGCUCCUCUUAUCCACCGGCGAUAGGUAUUCCCCGAGAAAGUUCUGCCC